AUGUGGGAACUGACAGCCCUCCUGCUCCUGGUUCCAAGCAGUGGGCAAGCAGCUACUCUGGAGAAGCCCAUAUUGUCUCUACACCCACCCUGGACCACAAUCUUCAAGGGGGAAAGGGUAACCUUGCGGUGUGAUGGGUACCACCCUCUGCUCCUGGAGCUCCGACCCAUCAGCACUCUCUGGUAUUUGGGCCACCUACUCCUGCCCUCUCACAAGAAGAGCAUCGAGGUGCAGACACCAGGGGUGUAUCGAUGCCAGACACGGGGAGCACCUGUCAGUGACCCCAUCCACCUCUCUGUAUCCAAUGACUGGCUGAUCCUGCAAGUACCCUAUGCUGCGGUGUUCGAGGGCGAGCCGCUGGUCAUGCGCUGCCGCGGUUGGUACGACAAGGUCGUCUACAAACUUCACUACUACCACGAUGGUCAACCCGUGCGCUACUUCCACUCCAGCGCCAACUACACGGUGCCCCAGGCGCGCGCCAGCGAUAGCGGGCGCUACCAGUGCUCCGGCACCAUGCGCAUCCCGGUGGAGAGCGCGCCCAUGUUCUCCGCCAAGGUGGCCGUGACCGUGCAAGAGCUGUUCCAGGCGCCGGUGCUGAGGGUGAUGGGCCGGGUGGAGGCUCGCGGCGCGGCCCUCGGCGGAGUGGUCUUGCGGUGCGAGACGCUCCUGCACCCUCAGAAGCGCGACACGCCGCUGCAGUUCGCCUUCUACAAGUACAGUCGCGCCGUGCGCCGCUUCGACUGGGGCGCCGAGUACACCGUCCCCGAGCCCGAGGUCGAGGAGCUGCAAUCGCACUGGUGCGAGGUUGCUACCGCCAGCCGCAGCGUCCGGAAACGCAGCCCUUGGCUGCAGCUUCCGGGGCGGGGUUCUCCCCUGGACGUGGCGUCCACCACCGUCCCGGUCCCACAGGCUGCGGCUUUGGCGCCCGGUAACAAGCCGCUUUCCUUCAGAAAGCCCCCGCUGUCCAUAUCGGUCCCGUCGGUCACCUCCGUCCCUAACACCACCUCAGCCGGGCUGCUGUUCCCCGCGGGCGGAGCCCCCACUGCUGGGCCACCGGCCUGCGCUCCGCUGACCCCCUUGGAACAAACCACUGGAGCCCUAAAACCCGACAUGGACCUUCUGCUCCGAGAAAUGCAGCUGCUCAAAGACCUUCUCAGCCGGGUGGUCCUGGAAUUAAAGGAGGCACAGGCCUUCCCAGAGCACAGGGACACACUCGAGACCCCCGCUUCCCACUUUGCUGUGAGUCAGGGAACCCCUGAGACCACUGCUGUGGAGAGCUGA